CGAUAUUCGUCCAAAGAAAACCGAUUUGGAACUCAGAUCCCGAAGCUUCAAAAUACCUACGAGAGCAGUUAGUAUCCAAAUUCCAAAACUAUCUGUUACUUGGGCAUUUGUCACGUCAGGUCUGAUGCAAAUCAUUAGAAACCAGUGAUCUCCAAAGAUUUUCUGUUUUCAGAUUUGUUUGGUUCCUUCGCACGAACUGUUUGUGUACAAGGUUUUUGAGUUUCUGCAGCUGAAAUCAAUUCAGGUCAAUAACAUCGAGGGAAAAUAUGUCAUCAGCUCAAGAUCCGUUUUACAUAGUUAAAGAGGAGAUUCAGGAAUCUAUUGAUAAACUGUUGUCCACUUUCCACCGAUGGGAGCGCAUGCCUUCGAAUACAGGAGAGCAGGUCCAUCUCACGAAGGAGCUACUUGCUAGCUGUGAAAGCAUUGACUGGCAGGUGGAUGAAUUGAAUAAGACCAUCACUGUGGCAGCUCGAGAUCCUGCCUGGUAUGGCAUUGAUGAAGUGGAACUUGAAAAACGAAGGAGAUGGACCAGCACUGCUCGUACACAGGUGGGUUCUGUGAGGAAAGCAGUGGAAGCUGGAAAGGAAAAUAACAGCUCAGUCACUGCUGGUCUGAGUGGGAUGCGUCAAGAACUAAUGAGGCUUCCUGAUGAUCAUGCUUAUCAGACAGGCAGAUCCAACUACCACAUGGCACAUGAUACCGAUGAUUUUAUAUCUUCUGAAUCAGAUAGGCAACUGCUUCUCAUAAAGCAACAAGAUCAAGAGCUGGAUGAGCUUAGUGCAAGUGUGGAGAAAAUCGGAGGUGUAGGGCUUACAAUCCAUGAAGAACUGCUUGGACAGGAAAAGCUCAUAGAAGAAUUGAGCGUGGAAAUGGACAGCACAAAAAAUCGCCUUGAUUUUGUUCAGAAGAAAGUGGCUUUGGUUAUGAAAAAGGCUGGUGUGAAGGGCCAGAUGAUGAUCAUAGCUUUUCUGGUGAUUCUUUUUAUUGUUCUCUUUGUUUUGGUCUUCCUAACCUAAGCCUCAGAGGAAAAUUUUAUUCGGCUGGUUAUACAUAGAAGAGAGAGCUCGCAAAGGGAGGAGAUUAUAGGAUUCAAGGAUUUCAGUUGAAAUGAUUGCUGCUCUGGUUAAUUAAAUAAACAACUGCCUAGCAGUGCGGUCUGAUUAAUUGAAAAGAAAAAAAGAAAGGGAAAAAAGAACAAGGAAAUUUGGAUACAGGUAGUUUAGGUUCAUUUUUUGGUAAACUGUCUGGUCUUGUGUACCUUCUUUUUUUUUCACUUGUUACAAUUACAUGCCCAGUAUUGGGAUGGCUGAGCUUGGCCUUUCUCUUGUGUACACAAACUAGGUGUGCUAAAUGGCGCGAAUCUGUUGACUCUGGUCUAAUGGGUUGUGCAGGGCAGGCUUGGCUUUGAUUUGAGGCCUAUUAUAUGUGGGGAUACGCUUGUAUUUGAGAACUAUUGCAAUUAAAAGUCAGAUCUUUACAGAAAAAAA